AGUUAUGCAAAAAUGGUGCAUAGCCCCCGAGUGACGGCGCCAAGACAAUGGGUGCUGACUCAGCAUUGCUGAUUGCGACGACUUCAAAUGCGUUGCAACAACAUCUAAGAAUUCUUUACGUUAUUCCUAGUUCAGUUUUUCCUUGUUUAUCACUUAUUUAUAUCUACCAGUCUGUUUUUUGUUAUUCAUUCCACUUAACUAUACCCUCUUAUCGCUGCUCUGUUGUUGAAGCUACGGGCUAGCUCUUGCUGGCUGUCCCUUCGCUCCAUUCCGUUCGACCACACCCUCAACCUCUCCGGGCCAUGUCACUUGCCUACAAUUCGGUAGCCACACGGAAUAUCGACAUGAGCAGAACGGAAGCGGAUCUCGCGGUGAACAUCCGCAAGGCCACCAGCAUUGAGGAGACCGCGCCUAAACGCAAACAUGUCCGGAGUUGUAUUGUUUAUACGUGGGACCACAAAUCGUCGACAAGUUUCUGGGCGGGCAUGAAAGUCCAACCAAUUCUUGCCGACGAGGUCCAAACAUUUAAAGCGUUGAUAACAGUGCACAAGGUUCUGCAGGAGGGCCACCCGAUAACAGUUAAGGAAGGGCAGUCGCAUGUUAGCUGGUUGGAUAGUUUGACUAGAGGUGUAACCGGGGAGGGAAUCCGAGGGUACGGUCCAUUGAUUAGGGAGUAUGUAUUCUUUUUGGAGGCGAAGCUGGCAUUUCACCGUCAUCAUCCGGAGUUCAAUGGCCUAUUCGAGUAUGAGGAAUACAUCAGUCUUAAAACAACAAACGAUCCCAAUGAAGGCUAUGAAACCAUCACCGACCUUAUGACCCUCCAGGAUCAAAUCGAUGCCUUCCAGAAACUCAUAUUUUCACAUUUCCGGCAGAGCACCAACAACGAGUGUAGGAUUUCGGCUCUGGUGCCACUCGUGCAAGAGAGUUAUGGUAUAUACAAAUUCAUAACGAGCAUGUUGAGAGCUAUGCACACAACUACCGGAGACGAAGAUGCAUUGGAGCCUCUGCGUGGCCGUUAUAAUGCACAACACCAUAGACUUGUUCGGUUUUAUUAUGAAUGUUCCAACCUGCGUUACCUCACCAGCCUGAUCACUGUUCCAAAGCUUCCCCAACAACCGCCGAACCUUCUUGCGGAAGAUGAGGAACGCCCAGCUCUCCCGAAACGGCCCGCUAAGGAGGUCGAGCGAGAGCCUACACCGCCUCCAAAAACAGCAACAGUUCCCGAUCCAGAGCCAAUCAAUGAUUUCUGGUCGAACGAAACUAGGCGUCAACAAGAGGAGUACGAAAAUGAACAACAAAGACUACAGCAGCAAUGGGAGGAACAGCAACGUGCGCAAUUACUUGCACAACAACAGGCGCAAAGGGAGUUCGAGGAACAACAAAGAUUACAGGCCGAACAGCAGAGAUUAGCUCAAGAGCAGUUGCUACAAACCCAAUAUCAGCAGCAGACGCAAGGUCGCCUAGCUGAGCUGGAGCAAGAAAAUCUCAACGCUCGUGCACAGUACGAACGAGACCAGCUCAUGCUCCAGCAGUAUGAUAAGAGGAUGAAAGAUUUAGAGGAACAACUGAAUCAGCUAAACUCGAAUUAUAAUUUGCAGUCUCAAUCCAAGGACGACCAAAUACGAGCGCUCCAGGAGCAAGUCAAUACUUGGCGGACAAAGUACGAAGCCCUUGCAAAACUUUACUCCCAACUUCGACAAGAACAUCUUGAUCUUCUACAAACGACAAAAUCCCUAAAGCUCAAGGCGGCAUCUGCACAGGAGGCUAUCGACAGGCGGGAGCGACUCGAGCGCGAGAUGAAGACGAAGAACUUGGAGCUUGCAGAUAUGAUCAGAGAACGUGAUCGGGCACUACACGAGAAAGACCGUGUUACUGGUGGAAACCGUGAAGAGGUUGAAAAACUGAAACGCGAGCUCCGCCUUGCUAUCGAAAGAGCUGAAAAUGCAGAGCGCGCAAAGGGAUCUGAAAUUUCCGCUUUGCUUUCCAAGUAUAAUAGGGAGAUGGCCGACCUUGAAGAGUCGCUUCGGAAUAAAACACGAGCUCUUGAAGAGAUCCGAGCGAGUCAUGGAGAAAGAGAUGAAGAUCAGGAAAAAGCUUUACAGGAAAAGGAUGAGGAGAUCGACGUGUACAAGUCUGGAAUGGAGCAGGCACUGAUGGAGUUGGAAGAAUUGAAGUUGAGCCAAGGAGAUGCUGAUCGUGCUCUCGACAAUCAAAUCGACGAUGUGCUCCAUAGCUCCGUUGCUAAAAUCAAUGACAUCAUCGACUCUGUACUUCAAAGCGGAAUCCAACGAGUCGACGACGCUCUCUAUGAAUUGGAUUCAAGCAUGCAGGCCGGAAACCAAAAUGCCUCCCCGUCCUAUGUUCUUUCACAGAUCGAAAAGGCUUCCGCGAGUGCAACAGAGUUUUCCACUGCGUUCAACAACUACAUUGCCGACGGACCAAACAGUGCACACGCAGAAAUCAUUCGAACUGUCAGCAUAUUUUCAGGCUCAACCGCAGAUGUGCUUAGCAACUCAAAGGGCUUGUUACGGUUCGCUACCGAUGACAAGAAGGCAGACCAGUUAAUAGGCGCGGCACGGCAGUCUGCCCAAUCCACUGUAAAAUUCUUCCGUGCCUUACAGUCGUUCCGUCUAGAGGGUCUAGAGCCUCUACAAAAAACAGACGUGGUCAUCAAUAACAACCAUGAAGUUUUGAUGAAUUUACAGAAGCUCUCUAAACUUGUCGAUGCGUUUGCUCCGAAGAGCAGCAAGCUUAGUGGCCAGGGUGACCUGGGCGAUAUUGUAGACCGCGAACUUACGAACGCAGCCAACGCAAUCGAAGCUGCGGCAGAAAGACUCGCGAAGCUAAAGAAAAAGCCGCGCGAUGGUUACUCCACAUACGAGCUUCGCAUCCAUGACUCUAUCCUCGAGGCGUCUAUUGCUGUCACUUCUGCCAUUGCGGAGCUGAUCAAAGCUGCGACUGCAUCUCAACAAGAGAUCGUCCGAGAAGGUCGCGGCAGCUCGUCACGAACGGCAUUUUAUAAGAAAAACAACCGCUGGACGGAAGGGUUGAUCUCUGCGGCAAAGGCUGUCGCCAACUCCACCAAUACCCUAAUCGAGACGGCAGACGGGGUCAUAUCCGGACGAAACUCCCCUGAGCAGUUGAUUGUUGCCAGUAACGAUGUCGCUGCCAGUACGGCACAGCUCGUUGCUGCCAGUCGAGUCAAAGCAACUUUCAUGAGCAAGACGCAGGAUCGACUGGAAACUGCCAGUAAGGCUGUUGGUGCCGCAUGUAGAAGCCUGGUGCGGCAGGUUCAGAGUAUCAUUGCAGAGAAGAACCUCAAUGAGAACGAAGCCGUCGACUACUCGAAACUCAGUGGCCAUGAAUUCAAGGUUCGAGAGAUGGAACAGCAGGUUGAAAUCCUCCAACUCGAGAACAGCCUUGCGCAAGCGCGACAGCGGCUCGGCGAAAUGCGUAAAAUAUCGUACAUGGAGUAGUUAGCAUGUGUAUUUUGCCAUCUCAUCAGUCUCCAUUAUUUUGUUUUUUUUUUACAUCUCCUACGAUUUUUCUUAUGCAUCCAAUCCGUCUGUACCCUAGCGCCUUCUCUUUGCUUUUUUUCUUUUCUUUUCCUUGUUUUGCUUUUAAGCUUUUUCAGAGUAGCAAUCGAUCAAACAAAACAUAAGUUCCCCAAAGAAUGAUGAAAGCAUAUUUCGACCAGCCCUAUCUCUCGCAGCCUCCAACUAAAAUAACUUACAAGGGAUAUUUUGUGGAUGCUUCAUAGUAGCCCCAUGCCUUUCCAUGUGGAACAUCCUACUAACUUUCAAGUAGAAGUAUCUUGUCAUUUUCGUCCAAUCUAAUGCCUUCGACUACAAACAAAAACUAAAGCAAACAAAUUUGCCUACGCCACUCGCCUUUCCCGUGCUCUCUUUUACCGCCUUGGUAGUCAAUAAUGCAAAGAGUCGCCGUGCGUUCCAAGCUGGUCGCCCCAAAAUUUAGAUCCAUAGCUUCGGUUUUUGCUUACGCCACACAAAUCCAGGGUUUUCUGUCCAUGAUGAAAUUUCCCCGUUUUCGUCGCCUUGUAAGGUGGAAGGAAUGGCAAUCAGCUUCCGUGCCGUUUGUGCUGAAAGGAAGGGCACGAGCCGCGCACUUUUUUUUUUAUUUCUUGAAAUACGAAUUUCCCACCCAAUUGUGAUUUUAUCUUUACUUUAUGCUUCUUCUUUCUCUUUUUUCUUCCCUUUUCCUUUUCUGAUCUCCAAAAAUCGUCACAGAGAGUAGCCAGCCCCUUAAGUUAGGUGUUAGCCGCUAGCUCCUUAUUCAAAGUAUCCUGUUCUCCGCGAAGAGCAGCAAAAGCGAACAAUGUUGCCAACGCUCGAUAUAUAGGUGGAAUUUCCAGUUAUUGCGCAACAACUUUCCAAGGACUGGUUUCUCUGACACAUGGAAGCCUGAACUCUUCAUGCUUAUUUGACCUGCGGUCGCUUUCCCUUUUAUUUUUCCCUUCGCAACAAUUUCUUACGUCAGCUAUUAAUUUGUAACUAAUUAGCUACAGAGUAACAAGUUAUUUUAGUUACCUGUUAUAUUUCCUGCUGCGGACCCACAGUACUCCGUGAAUGGAUCCUGCAAACACCUUUCGCAAACGCCCUACCUUAUACAGUUUAGCUUCACGUAAAAUUGGCAUUUCGUGUAUUUAGUGCAAGCCAUUAUAAGCCACUAUCACUGCAGUGGGUCUGUUUGUGCAAUGUUUCCACACUGAUCAAUGUCAUGAACUUAUACAGCGUAGCGCUGAAUGGCCUUCCUUAUAUGGUUAGUUAGACCCCUAUUACAUUUGAUUAUUACAUAAUCUGAAUCUGAUUAGAUAUGUAAUUUAUCUGUAAUAUAUAUAUAAAGUCAGUACAAAAUCAAAAUUACAGACAGACUCUAGCAUCAUGCGAUAAACAGCCACAAUCUGGGCAUUUAAACUUAGAUAGGAAGGCGACGCGUACUAAAAAUUCCAUGCAACUUGGCAUUGCAUCCAUCCAGUACAGUACAACGCAAAAUGCAUGCAGCGCCGUCUGAGCUUCUUUUUUGAGUUUGAACUAUUGCC